GUCACUUUUCCCAUUUCUGCAAGAAAAUCAAAAAUCGUCAGACACCGUACUUGCUGAUAAUAGACAACACCAGAUCAAAAGUCUUAUUCGAUCCAUGAGCGACCCUUCCGACGUUAUCGAAAAACGAGUUUAUAUCGGAGGUCUAGCAGAUACAGUCACCGAGCAAACAUUAAGCGAUCGCUUUAAUCGUUUUGGUACAACCACUAAUAUAUCGGUCGCGAAAGAUGCCAAUGGAAACUGUCGAGGAUUUGGUCAUUUAACCAUCAAAACGACGGCAAAGCAGUGGGGAACAUGUCUCAGUGCCUAUAAUGGAGCCAAAUGGAAAGGACACAUUAUGCGCAUCGAGGAUUCCAAACCUGACUAUAUAGAAAAGCGGAAAAUAGAGCAACAACUUCUUGAACAAAAGGAGGAAAAGAAACGCAAGCGAUCCCAACGUUGGAACGACAGUGAUGGUUUCCUGGCCAAGGAUAUGACCCCUAUCACCGAUCGAAAUAUGCCAACAAAGAAAGGGUGGAAACGUGGCCGAUACGGAAGAGCCAUUGCUGUGAUGCGGUUACGGAAAGAUGAUGGCACACAGGCAAGUUUUGUCUUUGAUCCUACACAUUACAAAAAUAAUCUCACCAAAUUUGACAACCUCGACCCUGUCCGAUUGCGUCCUACUCAUCGAUUACCCAUGUUCUAUGAGCAAUAUCCCAAUGAGGAACAGGACGAAUUUGAAACUCUCGCCGCCGACAGCAGCCGCCACAACGCGUCGCUCGAUAGCGAUGUGGAAUCUGAAUCCGAAACAGUAGAUACAUCAGCAGUUUUAAAGGGUGAGGACGCACGACGAGCGGCGAUGGACAGAAGGGUCGAAGAACAGUUGGCAAAGAAAAAGGCAAUUCAACAGCAGUUGGAGGCAUUGGAAGGAAAGCAACUGCAUACCAAAUUCGAUGCAAGUGACGAAGAAAUCGAUGAAGACCAAGAAAAUUCGCGAGAGACGGCACCACCUGCAGCAGCCACAUCAGGAGAUGCGGCUGUAAAAUGGAUGUUCGAUUCAGAUGACGAUGAGGACCAAGAAGAUGAUGCCAACACCGAUUUCAAUAUUCGCAUUAAUCCCGUUCUCGAAGGCGAAAAGGGUCGUGAACGAUUAGAAUUACAAAGUCGUUUCAAGGGUGAUGAGCGAUUCAAGUUGGGUGAAGACUUUAUCGAUGAGGAGAAACCUUCCAGUACGCAAAAUACUAUGGAUGAUAUUUCCAAAGAAAUUUCAGCCGAAAAAGACCAGGCUAUGGAUCUGCUGAAAGCCAUGUUUGGCGAGCAGGAUAUUGUAAAAAAGUAUGGGAAAAAAAAAUGCAGCAUUUGCGUAUCUUUUGGGCUUAUCAAAUCACGAUGUAGGAAAACACAACCGGCUGCCUGGUCAAGCAGUGCUCGCUAUGAUCCAGAUGCAGACAAUGCAUCCAGCUAUCUCGUUGAUACCAGUGAAGAAACACCCAGUAACGGUAUGGGUGCAGCAACCGAUGUUGGGGAUGAGAUGGACCAUGAAAUGGAAGAGGAGGAGGAGGAUCCAUUAGAGUUCUUGAAACGCCCAGCGGAAAGCGCUCCACCAGAAGUUUCUAAGGAGAAGCAUUUUGAAGUUAAUGUCAACUUGAAGCCGUUAUUUGGUGGUGAAGCCGGUGGAUUUAAAUUAUUCGGUGGUGAUGAUGAUGAUGAUGAUGACAACGAUGCAGACACUCAAGAGGGCAAUGCGGCUCUACAGGCGAAUUGGGCAGUAAAGAAUGAAAUGGCAAAUGAGGAACCGUCAUUUGUGCCUAAAAAUAAAGAGCCAAAAUUGGGACUGGGAUUAUUAUUCUUCUUCCACAUGGAGGAUCCCAACUUAAUGAAAAGGAGUUGUUAUGGUUAUGAUCCCAAGGGGAUUUUCCAACAAGACACUGAGGACAGGGAUAGUUACGAAUCGAAAUGGAAGUCAAGACGAAAUCAAGUAGGGGAGAUCUUGAAACGACGACAAAAAAGUGCCAUCAAGAAGCAAAAACGACAGGUCUCGCGGGCUAUUAAAUAAAAAAAGAUAUAUCAUUGUCCUUUGGCAAUCUAAGUUGGCGCAGAUCUGUAAAAUCUUUUGAAAGAAACAAGGGCUCAAGUGUUGCUACUUUGGGUCUUUUUUUUUGCGGUU